GGGGCCUCGGCCCGCUCGACUAGAAGACGGAGGGGGCGUCGCCCCGGCUUCCUGCGGCGUCGGCGGCGAGCAGAGGUAGAGAGAGGCUUUGGUGGCGACGGCGACAGUUGCAGUGGCGCUAUGGCAGGGCUUCCAGGGGCGCGCAUCCGGAACCCCUCUCCCAUUCCCAUCCAGAGCCAGGGCACACUUACCUGCAGUAGCACACGGAAGAUGUACCAGCCAAUGAUGAGCAGUUCCGCCGAGGCUGCAGCCACUGCCGCCAUGGUUCCAAGAGUGGAUCCCCGCUGCCUUGGUGAUCCCAGGCUGACAGCCAGAGAGCACAGCGGCGCAGCUCCUGGAGAGUGAGGGUUGAAGAGAGCGGAGGGCCGCCGCCUGCGCCCGCCGCCUUCCGUAGGUCGGUUCCUGCAGCAGUGCCGCGGUCUUGGCGAAGGCCCUGCCCAGCAGAGAUCAUGUAUUGCCUCCAGUGGCUGCUGCCCGUCCUCCUCAUCCCCAAGCCUCUCAACCCCGCCCUGUGGUUCAGCCACUCCAUGUUCAUGGGCUUCUACCUGCUCAGCUUCCUCCUGGAGCGGAAGCCUUGCACUAUUUGUGCCUUGGUUUUCCUGGCAGCCCUGUUUCUCAUCUGCUAUAGCUGCUGGGGAAACUGUUUCCUGUACCACUGCGCCGAUUCUCCGCUUCCAGAAUCGGCACACGACCCUGGUGUUGUGGGCACCUAACGGGCGCCUGGUUAAGCUUUCCAAGGAAGCAGAAGACGGGAGGGGAGGCAUUGACAUAGGUCAUAAAGCAUUGGAGUUUAAAAUCCCGCAGCCCUGCGGGUGCCACAUUCCUGACGGCGCCUUUUUGGCCUGUGAUGUUUUAUCCAUAUAAUGUGAAUAAUAGCACUGACCGGUGCUUUUAAUGUAGAGUCUGUAGUUGUGGGUGUCUUGUGGCUGUGUGUGUUCAAUUCCCAUCUUGGUUCUGGUUGUUGGGAUGGCCAUUCCCUUCGCCUCAUUCCUGCGAAGAGUCUGUGCCCAUCCUGGUCGGCAGCCCUGGGGUGACCUGGGCAGAUAAGAUGCCAGUCUUCAAUGUCACCUCUGUGACCCCUCCCUGUUCAGGGUCUCCUUUCUUCCCUUCCUACAAUGUUAUUGACUCCUUAAUCCUCCUUGUUUUCUUUGAGUUCUCUUCUACCCCUUACCUGUUUAGGGGAGCACCUGUCUAAGAUAGGGCUCAAUUUUGCACUUAUCUCGAAUUUUGAAGAGAUUGCUGACGCCCGAGAGCCUCGCUUUUCCACCCUGCCCUCCCUCUCCACAUUAGCAGCCAAGAUAGAAAUGUGUCUUGACUGUUUGCAAACCUGCGGUGUUUGCUCCACUUUCUCUUUUGGAAAGAAUAACAGACAGAUGUUGCUCUUUCCCCUGGGUGCCUGGGUUCCUGACUUCCUAGCUCAGCUGCACUUCCCCGCCCUUCCUCCCACCUUUCUCUGCUGUCCUGAGGAGUGGCACCUCCUUGUGUCGCCUGUGCAUGCUCUGCAGGACUGAGGUGUGGUGUGUUCCCAUAGAUCUAGCAGUCCCCAGCUGAGUGAAUGGGAGAGGACAUGUGUGUUUCAUAAUGGCCAUGAUCCCCCUUGAUAGGUGUUUGGAUAUUUUUCCGGUGUGCCCUGUGUGUGUGUGUAUGUAUGUGUACAAAUACAUGUGUAUAUUCCUGUUAAAGAAGCUUUAUCGAACAUGUUCUGAUUUUGAGGUUUAGCAGUAGCUAGUUAUACUGGGAGUCACUACAGUUUUUAUUUAGCAUGGGGAUUACAGAGUGACGAGCACACUGGACGCCAAGGUGAUUCAGACAAGACACAGGAAAAAAUGGCCAUUGUCCUCACGCCAGGAGCUGCUUUGUUCCUGUACACAUAGACUGUAUCUAUGAAGAAUACACAGGAAGACUUUGUGACUGUCACUUGCUUUUUCCUUUUUCUGCGCUUCAAUAACAAGUACUGGCAAACAAGACUUUCUCCUAGCCCCUGCCCACUGGGGGUCAGCAUGGUUGUCCUCAGUCAGAAAUAUUCAUCUUUCUCUUGCUUGACAGGAGAGGGAGGUGGGCCAGGCAGGAGGCCUGAACUGGAGGCACUCCAUCUAGGGAAUGAGACCGUGAGGCCAUGCUUGUGAAGCAUUGAGACUGCUAAUCUGGAGCUUUUCUUUCUGGUGUGUUUGUUGCACAGCUGUUUGAAAUGUUUAAUAAAGCUUUAUAAACUUU